AUGAGAAUUUAUACUAAUAAUGUUGUGAAAACAACAAAAACAACAGCAACAACAACAACAACAACAACAAAUAAAUUUUCAAAAAAUUCUAUUGCUAAAAAUAAUGACAAAUAUAGUAAUAAUGAAGAUCAUCUACUUGUCAAUCUACCCUUUAUAUUAUUAAAUAAAAUAAUCAAAGAGUUUGAUGAAGAUAUAGAUAUCAUUUGUUUUAGUUUAGUUUGUAAGAGAUGGUUUGAUAAUCGUAAUUCCUAUCUCUCGUUCAAUUAUGAACGAUUCAGUUUAGUACAUACUCGAAUACUUAAUGAGAGCAAUAAUCGUCACUUCACAUUAAAUUCUUAUAGAGGUAUUAUCAAAAGAUCUUUAAAUAAAAAACAAUCAAACUGUACACUUCUGGUCAUCAAAAAUCCUUUUAAAGAAGUUGCACUCAAUACCUAUAAAAGUAUAGAAUUUGAUGAAGUUUUAUCAGUUGAUGAAUUCAAAAGUUAUCAAGAUAUUCCAAUACAAUUCUCAACAAUCAAAUUCGAAUGGUUCGAGUUUGAUACCGAAAUGAUGAUGAAACUCAGUAAAUCGAAUGUUCAUACUAUUUAUUUUUCUGGUAGUUACAAGAAUGGUGAAAACCGUCUGAUUAUCAAAGAAAGAUUUCCGUCGAAUAUCAAAACAAUCAUAUCUAAUGGUUCAGCUGAUUUAAAUAUGCAUAUAUUACCAUUAGAGUUGGAGACUUUAAAUGAUAUUUCUUUACAAUUAAAAGAAUCACCAUUGCCUCAAUCUCUCAAAUCUCUAAGACUAAAUUCAACGACCGAUUCAUAUUUCAAUAUCGAUUCACUUCCACCCAAUCUUGAGGAGUUUUAUUUUUACUCUGAUCGAACCGAUGAUGAAAAUAAACAACUUCCUCCAACACUAAAGAUUGCGUGUUUUAAUACUUCUUGGUUGAAAAACAUUAAAUACUCGCAAUCAAUACAUACACUUUGUUUGCAUUUACAUCAGUUAAAAGUUGGAGACAUCCCAGAGAGUGUCACUCACCUAACGAUUUCAAGUGGCUUCUAUAUUAUGAUAACAAAGGAGAUGCUUCCACCAAAUAUCAUAUAUCUCAGCAUAAAGGAACGGCCAAUUCUUCAAGACAAUAUAUUUUCAUCGUUUGAACAUCUGGAAACAUUGAAUCUAUCUGGUUUGGACAUGAACAGAGUCAAACCAUUCGGUGUACUACCGAAAUCUCUUAGGAAUCUAUAUCUUCCUAAAUUCUUCAAUGAGAGACUUGAUCAUUUUAUGGUAUUACCUCCAUCACUAGAGUUUUUGGAUUUCGGUUACUCUUUCAAUAAGGAUAUUAAAGUGUUGGCCCAAACAUCGAUCAAAACUAUAGCUAUUUCCAGAGAAAUGAAACUAAAUCGUUGGUCACUUCCGAAAUCAGUAGAACACAUUGAUUUCAAAGAAUUUACAGCGAUGAUUUCACCAGAAUAUAUAGCGCCGACCAUUAGAUCGAUAUCAUUAUCCGGAUAUUAUUCCGAUAAUCUGGUCUUUGUAAUUCCACAAACAUUAACUUCAAUCAACAUUACAAAGCUAAGUGGUUGGGAGAAUAUUGAAUUUAGAGCAAGAAGAUUAUCUGAACAAUCAUUUCUAUUAUUUGGUACAAAUCAUCUGAUUUCACAAAAAGAUAUAACAAUGUUUUAUAGCAAAGAGAUAAUAAUAAUAAUGAAGAUCAUAUACUAUUUCGAUUUUGAUGAUACUCUUUCAUAUGGGAAUAUUUAUAUUAUUGCACCAAGAUUUACAACCAUCAUUUUUAAAGAGUGGUUCGAUAUUGAUGCUGAAAUGCAACUACCUCUAACUCUCAAGACUGAAUUCAUCUCAUCUGCUUGGAUGAACAACAUUAGAUAUUUACAAUCAUUACACACCUUGACUAUAAAUAUCGCUUACCACAGCAAAGCGAUUAAGGUUGGCGACAUCCCAGAGAAUAUUCCACCAAACAUUAGAUAUCUAGAUUUAGUCUCUAAUGCAUUUAUAAGAGAGAAUCUGUUUUCAGAGUUCGAACAUUUGGAAACGUUACAUCUCUCCUAUUUACAAUCAUCAGCCAAUGAUGUUGUAGGUGUAUUCUCAAACUCACUUAGAAAUCUAUAUCCUCUAAGGUUUCUAGAAAAAAGAUUAGAGAGUUAUACUGUAUUACCUCUAUCAUUAGAGCUAUUGGCAAACAUUUUUACUACUAUAACUUUAAAUGAUUCAACAAACAUAUUAAAAAUAAAUAUUCUUUAA